AUGGCACGAGUUGAAUCAAGUGCUCAACUGCGACCAUCUACAACUAUUCGGUUAGCCACAGUAUUGCCUCCGAACGCCUCAGUAUGGUUGAGAGUGGAUGUCUCGAGUCAUCCGUCCCUCGCACUUCGUGAAAUUCUCCCAUACGACCAAGCGUCUCGAAUGGACUUCGCUGAGGAAGCCCUACCCACUGCAUUCUCGUGGCGGAAGUGUUUGCCCACCAAAGUGAGAGAACGAAAAGCUGAUAUCCGGGACUAUAAACGGUUGGCGGACCAGUGUUAG